GAUGUUCCCGAGAAUGAAUUGUGUAUUCAAUCUUGUCCCUGACUACCGAACCACCGAACUACCGAUAUUCUCAAUUGAUCUCCUUCACGCCACCCUGAUGAAACGACCGGCUUCUCUUCUCCUCGAUUCACUUGCUCCUCAACAUUAAUCUCAUGUAUCCAUUCCCAAGAGUUAUGUUUACCUAAUUUGAAGCUAUUGGGGGAACUAGCAAGCACCGCGUGCAGAUUACACAGUACACACCGCUCACGUAACACACUCCGUCAUCUCUCGCUUCUUGACAUCGAAUUCAUCCCAAUAUCUUUAGAACCGGCCGUUUCGGAGACCGUUCAAAAUGGCGCAGUUAACAGGAGUCGAAGUCGCCCAACACAACAAGUCCGAUGACUGCUGGGUCAUUGUGCAUGGGAGGGCAUACGAUGUCACCGAAUUCCUACCCGAACACCCUGGAGGGACCAAGAUCAUUCUCAAAUAUGCGGGCAAAGAUGCGACUGAAGAGUUCGACCCGAUCCACCCCCCUGACACUCUUGAAAAGUACCUACCCAAAUCCAAACAUCUCGGCCCGGUAGACAUGUCGACGGUAGUCAAGGAGAAGCAUGAGGAAUCGCCAGAGGAACGGGAGCGAUUAAAGCGCAUUCAGGAGAUGCCCCUCCUCGAGCAGUGCUAUAACCUGCUCGACUUCGAAGCCGUCGCGCGGAGAGCGAUGAAGAAGACGGCGUGGGGGUACUACUCCAGCGCAGCCGACGACGAGAUUACACUCCGCGAAAACCACUCAGCCUUUCACCGCAUCUGGUUCCGCCCGCGCAUACUUAUCGACGUCGAGAAAGUCGACUUUUCCACCACCAUGCUCGGCACCCCCUGCUCCAUCCCCUUCUACGUGACCGCCACCGCGCUCGGAAAGCUCGGCCACGUCGAGGGCGAGGUAGUCCUCACGCGGUCCGCGCACAAGCACAACGUGGUCCAGAUGAUCCCGACCCUCGCCUCGUGCGCCUUCGACGAGAUCGUCGACGCCGCGGCGCCCGGCCAGGUCCAGUGGCUCCAGCUCUACGUCAACAAGGACCGGGCCAUCACGCAGCGCAUCGUGCAGCACGCCGAGAAGCGCGGCUGCAAGGGCCUGUUCAUCACCGUUGACGCGCCCCAGCUCGGCCGCCGCGAGAAGGACAUGCGUAUGAAGUUCACCGACCAGGGCAGCAACGUGCAGAGCGGCCAGGCCACCGACAACAGCCAGGGCGCCGCCCGCGCCAUCAGCAGCUUCAUCGACCCGUCCCUGAGCUGGGCCGACAUCCCCUGGUUCCGCUCCAUCACCAAGAUGCCCAUCGUGCUCAAGGGCGUGCAGCGCGUCGAGGACGUCGUCAAGGCCGCCGAGGCCGGCGUGCAGGGGGUGGUCCUAUCCAACCACGGCGGCCGGCAGCUCGAGUUCGCGCGGUCGGCGGUCGAGGUGCUGGCCGAGACGAUGCCCGUGCUGCGCGAGCUGGGGCUCGAGGACAAGAUCGAGAUCUACGUCGACGGCGGCGUGCGGCGCGCCACCGACAUCCUCAAGGCGCUCUGCCUGGGCGCCAAGGGCGUCGGCAUCGGCCGCCCCUUCCUGUACGCCAUGUCGGCCUACGGCCAGGACGGCGUCGACCGCGCCAUGCAGCUGCUCAAGGACGAGAUGGAGAUGGGCAUGCGCCUGAUCGGCGCGCGGUCCAUUGCCGAGCUGAACCCGAGCAUGGUCGACGCCCGCAGCCUGUUCAGCCACGCCUCGCCGCCGUCGGAUACCCUCGCCCAUGCGGUGUAUGACCCGCUCGUCAAUCCGUCCCAGAGGUUGUCCGUGACGGGGGAGAAGGCUGAGAAGGCGAAGUUGUAGAUCUAGGCGGGGAUUUGGGGAUACCUGUGUAUAGAAAGCGAUGUAUUACAUUCCGUCUUCCUUGGAUAGCUACUGUUGUAUAGAGAACGCGUUCAUUGUCAUUUCUCAAGGCUGAUUUACUCCCAAUACCCAGACAACUAAUAGCUUCCUGUUUCAGGGGAGAGGGGGAUUGUGGUAACCUUGUCGGUGAGAGCCUUGCACUUCUGAGGAAAUACUGUGUGAUGUAAUAAUAUUAGGGGCUGAGUUGACCCUGUGACUCGGUGUUUGUACAAACAUGGCCAACUUCUUUGAGAGUUGCACAAUGCAACACGUAGGAAUCUAUAUAAAGUACCCUAGACGAAGUAUUUCGAGACUCCAUGCCGCUUCGACUCUUAGCCGAAAAAGCAAGUGUAGGGUUGACUCUUCUCAGGCCUUCCUUUGACAA